ACGCAGCCGUAACGACACGUCGCGCGCACGAGGACCGGUCUUGCGGCGCUUCCACGGACAGCUUGCGGGGACUCACGAAGGCUAACGGAGACAUCGAGGAUUCGUGGAGCGUGGUGUCCGCGGUUACGAGGAAACGAGAGAACAAUUAGCGAGGAUGGCGGCGAUCAGUUUGUUAAAUCCGAAGGCCGAGUUCGCCCGGGCGGCGCAGGCUCUGGCGGUCAACAUCUCCGCCGCGAAGGGAAUUCAGGACGUGAUGAAGACGAACCUGGGGCCCAAGGGAACCAUGAAGAUGCUGGUUUCCGGAGCUGGAGAUAUUAAAAUCACCAAGGACGGCAAUGUUCUCCUCCACGAGAUGCAGAUCCAGCACCCUACGGCGUCGCUGAUAGCGCGAGCGUCCACCGCUCAGGAUGACAUGACGGGCGACGGCACGACCAGUACCGUACUGCUCAUCGGCGAGCUCCUGAAGCAGGCAGAUUUGUAUGUAACGGAAGGGCUGCACCCCAGAGUGCUCGCGGACGGCUUCGACCUGGCUCGCGCCAAGGCGCUGGAGAUCCUGGACUCGAUGAAGAUCCCAAUCGAGCCUGUCAAACAGAGCCUGCUGGACGUUGCGAGGACCUCGCUCAGAACGAAGAUCCACCACACCUUGGCGGACAAAUUGACCGAGAUCUGCGUGGACGCUGUGCUGGCUAUCAGGCAGCAGGGCAAGGAAAUCGACCUGCACAUGGUCGAACUGAUGGAGAUGCAGCACCGCACGGCGGACGAUACCACUCUGAUUCGUGGUAUAGUCACCGACCACGGGGCCAGGCAUCCGGACAUGCCGAAAAGAUUGGAGAACGCGUACAUUCUAAUUUGUAACGUGAGUCUGGAAUAUGAGAAAAGCGAGGUGAACAGCGGAUUCUUCUACAAAUCGGCAGAGGAGCGUGAGAAGUUAGUGGCCGCCGAACGCGUAUUUAUCGAUAAUCGCGUGAAGAAGAUCGUCGAGCUGAAGAAGAAGUUGUGCGACGGAACGAACAAAUCCUUCGUCGUGAUAAAUCAGAAAGGGAUCGAUCCGUCUUCACUCGAUAUGCUCGCGAAGGAAAACAUCAUCGCUUUGCGCAGAGCCAAGCGCAGGAACAUGGAGCGUCUGGCGCUCGCGUGUGGCGGCGUGGCCAUGAAUUCCGUGGAUGAUCUGAAAGAGGAGCAUCUGGGAUGGGCCGGUCUUGUGUACGAACACGUUCUGGGAGAAACUAAGUAUACCUUCAUAGAGGACUGCAAGAAACCCAAUUCCGUAACUAUAUUGCUAAAGGGACCUAAUAAAUUUACAUUGGAGCAACUCAAAGACGCUGUUCGCGACGGACUUCGGGCAAUAAAGAAUGCUAUCGACGAUCGUGCGGUCAUUCCUGGAGCUGGAGCCUUUGAAGUUAUGGUUAGUCAAGCUCUUCAACGGUACAAAGAGCAAGUGAAAGGGAAACAACGUUUGGGGAUACAGGCCUACGCCGAGGCUCUACUCAUCAUCCCGAAGACUCUUGCUGUUAACAGUGGAUUUGAUCUGCAAGAUACAAUCGUUAAAUUAUUUGAGGAACACACUGCAUUAGGAGAGCCAGUAGGAUUGGAUUUGUCUACGGGAGAAGCUGUAAAACCCGUGGAUAUUGGUGUUUAUGAUAAUUACAAUGUAAAGAAGCAAAUUAUAAAUUCUUGCACGAUUAUCGCCAGUAAUCUCCUUCUGGUUGACGAGAUAAUGAGAGCAGGAUUAUCUUCGCUAAAGGGUUAAAUUAUAAUACAACUCUUAUGAAAUUAAAAAUUUAAGAAUCACUAAUAAUUUUUUUAUGAAUGAAAUUAUUGGAUUCCCAGAUAGCACAAGACGGCCUAGAAUUAUCCUAGAUGUAUAUAGGACGUUCAUAGAACUGUCCCAGGGCGUUCUGGAUUGGUUCUGGGACGUUGUAUGUUAUGUGGGUUAUCAUUCGUGUUGCAUUAUAUUUGUUAAUCAAAUAUAUCGCCUGAUCUUUUGCUUUUAACGUAAAUAUUUAAUAAUUCGAUGAAUUUUCACACUGAAUAAAAAAUAAUGCUUUCGUA